CCCAUAGCAAUUUUGGCCGCCGUGAAGCUCAGAAAGCGGAUUCAGUAUAGGUCACCGUGAAGCCCAACCAGAUACAGAAGCUAAUCAAAUGUUAUCCAGCAUUGCCAAGAUUCAGCUUGUGAGUUCGCAUCCUGAAGUAUAUGAACCGUGUGAUGAUUCAUUUGCAUUGGUGGAUGCAUUACUGACCGACGAGGCUAACUUGUCAGAUCACCGACCCACAUUUUGCAUGGAAGUUGGAUGUGGCAGUGGAUACGUUAUUACAUCUCUAGCACUCAUUCUACUACGAUAUGAUGUAUUAGCAUCUAAGCCCCCCUCAUAUUAUAUUGCAACUGACAUCAAUCCUCAUGCGGUGAGGGUGACUUGUGAGACUGCGGAUGCCCAUAAUGUUGAUGUUGAGUGUCUAAAUACUGAUAUUGCAUCAGGAUUAGAAGCGCGUUUGGCUGGGUUAGUGGAUGUUUUGGUUGUGAACCCACCUUAUGUUCCCACCCCUGAAGAGGAAGUUGGUCGUGAAGGAAUCACCUCUGCUUGGGCUGGAGGUGAAAAUGGUGUAAGUGUCAUCAAUAAGAUUUUGCCUGUUGCUGAUAAGCUUCUUUCUGAGAGGGGCUGGCUGUAUUUGCUCACACUUGCCGCUAAUAACCCCUCAGGAAUAUGCCUUCAAAUGAGAAAGAAGGGUUAUGCAUCAAGAGUCAUUCUUAAGAGAUCCACUGAAGAAGAGAGCCUUCAUGUUAUCAAAUUCUGGCGGGAUGCCUCUAACUAACUGCUCUAUGGGGCGAAAGAUUAGAUUAAUGAUGAAAAAUGGUCAAAGAAUGAAAUGUAAACAAUGCAUUGGUGAAGUUCAAAUUCUCCAGAAUAUUGCUACCCAGGUGAUGUCACAAGUCACGGCUGCAAUGCAUUCUCUAACUAGCAAUGCUUUCAAGGUGUGUAGAUGUGUGUUUUGUUUAGACACUCACAGAGAAGUGUGGUGUGUGUAAAGCACUAUCUAUUCGGAUUCUUUUGAUGCUAUGCAGGCUUGGUUUGUAAUCAAAGUCCUAGUUAGCUUUUUUCCGUUUUAAACGCGUUUUAAACACGUACCGUUUUUUUGACCAAAAAAACACGUUUAAAAGGGGGGAAAAUGUUGGUCCG